UUCUCGUUUCCCCUUUUUCUGGACAUGUGCGUUGGGUGUUAUUUUGUAGUUUUCCCGCUGUUUUCCUCAUGACACGGAGAAAGACUUCGUGUGUGCGUUAGAUAUCGCAUUGAUCAGUGUGUUGAUCUGGUUUCGGUUUUUGAGGAUUUCGCUGCCCGAAGCACGAGAAAGGUGGACCUUCGAUAUUGAGUCAUUUUUGUGGUGAUGGAAGAUCCGUUACUGCCGACUGGCAGCGGGCUGCGACGUCGGGGUGAAUCCUCUAGCUCUGGAGGGUUUGAAUCCACUGGGCUGAACAAUGUCAUUGUUGGGCGACGCGGGGAUGCCAUCACCAGGGGAGACAAGUAUCAGAAAGCUGCCGCCAUGGUUGAUCAGGCUGAGGAUGGAGUCGGUCUGCCACCGGAGGUUCUUGAACAAUCCAAUUUCGAAGAAGCUGCCAAGUACUACUUCGCAUAUAUAAGUUUGGAUUUUUUGUGGGAAUUGAACCUCGCCGCGUUACUCUUGUUGAAUUUCUUUGAAGUGCCUCUUUGGUGCAAGGAGAGCUUUCCAACACCAUGUGGAGAUAGAGAGAAGUUUUUUCUGGGAGGCCUUCCUUAUUUGACUCGACAUCAGUCGCUCAUCACUGAGGUUGUGGUUCUCCUCAUAUUGGGAGUGCACACAUUCUUCCCGAUUGCUUUUACUGGAAAUAAGCUGUUUUGGAGGAACAAUCUCAAUCUUUUACGAGUCUCCUUCUUUCUCGUAUUGGCGUUGGAUACAGUUGUCAAUGCUAUCUACAUCAUACCAACCGGUUUUAUCUUCAGUCUGCCAUUUCGACUGGCCCCUUAUCUAAGAGUUGCCGUCGUCAUACUGAACACUCGGGGUUUGCGUAAUUGUGUGAAGACUCUAGCAGGGAUUAUCCCAGAUUUCGCGGAUAUUGCUGCACUGCUGGGUUUGUACUUGCUCUUCUCGAGCUGGUUGGCAUACGUGAUGUUUGAAGACACAGUGCAGGGCAAGACCACAUUCACAUCCUACUCAACCACUCUCUAUCAGAUGGCCAUCCUUUUUACAACCUCCAACAGUCCCGAUGUUUGGUUGGAUGCAUACAAGUCAUCGCGGUUUUACUCCCUCUUUUUCAUCCUGUACAUCUUAAUUGGUGUUUACUUCUUUAUGAACUUAGUGCUUGCCGUUGUAUACGACAGUUUCAAGGGCCAGCUGGCCAAGCUUCUGUUAAAUGAAGCGAAUGAGCGUCAGCAAGUUCUGGGUGCUGCCUUCAAUCUUCUUGAUGAACAGAAAAGAGGUUUUUUGGAUAAGCUUCAAUGCGCUCGUUUAUUUAAGGAACUCAACAAGUACCGGUCGUUACCAAAGAUUGCAGAUGAUGACAUGGAAGCUGUAUUUUGUGCCUUGGACGACAGUGGUGACUUUCGGAUCGAUAGAGUGGAGUUCAAUGAUCUUUGCAAUGCUAUCUCAUUGAAGUUCGACAAAGCUGAUGAGCCCUCAUGGUUCGAGUACUAUCCAGCCUUUUACAACUCUGCUGCGCUCAACGCUAUUAAGGCGUUUGUCAGGAGUCAAACCUUCGACAAAAUUGUGAUUGGCUUUCUGCUCAUCAACGCCGUAGCUGUCAUAAUCGAAACCACGCUUGAUAUUGAGGAAAGUUCCUCACAGGCUCUCUGGCAAGAUGUCGAGUUUGCCCUCGGAUGGGUUUACGUGAUCGAAGUAGGUUUAAAAGUUCUCGUUUACGGAUUCACCAAUUAUUGGCGAUCGGCUCAAAAUCAAUAUGACUUCAUCAUUACCGUGAUAAUUGUGGUUUCGGAGACCGUGGCCUUUUUCACUCCCGGUGAUCUACCCUUCUUCACCAAUGACGAGCUGAUCCGGUACCUCUUAAUUGCACGACUUCUACGGUUGACUAGGUUGCUUGUGUUAGUUGAGCGGUACAAGGUUAUGGUUGCCACGUUCUUCAAACUCAUCCCGAAUCUUAUGCCUUACUUGGGGAUCGUUUUCUGCCUUAUGUGCCUAUUUUGUUCCUUGGGUGUACACCUUUUCGGUGGUCUUGUCUAUGCUGGAAAUCCCAUCCUGGAGACCACCUCAAUGUUCGAGAGCGACUACUUGUUGCAAAACUUCAACGAUUUUUCUUCUGGCAUGGUUACAUUGUUCGACUUGCUUAUCAUGGGCAGCUGGCAGACAUGGAUGGAUAGUUAUGUUGUAUUGACCGGAACGUGGUGGACGAUGUUUUACUUCUGGGGUUUCUACGUGAUUGCUGUUCUAUUUCUUCUUAAUCUGAUCGCUGCUUUUGUCUUGGAAGCAUUUUUUGCGGAAAUGGAAAUGGCCGCUUCGACGAAGUCAUCUGAUGAAGACGGGAGUAGUAGUGAUUCCGACAACGAGGCCGACAGGUUCAACCCGCGGCGCAGAGCAAAGAGGGCAAGGGACUUCAACGUGCAAUCACUUCUGAACCACAUGUUGAGCGCUGAAAUGGAGAAGAACAAGUCUUGAGUAUUGUGAGAACAACAUCUAACGCUCUGUUCUCAGCUAUACAUUAAUAUUUAAAAAGAUGGAAUUGUGUCUGUAACAGUUCACACCCAGGAUCUUGAUUGGUUCAUUUGUUGAGCAGCAAGUCCGAAUCUAUCUGAAUAUCUUUUCUUUCUAUUUUCCUCUUUAUCUUGCAACCCGAGUUCAAGACGGAAGCAAGACUAACACGCUUUACAGGUUGCUAAAUUCAUUAGCGUAGAUGAAGCUUUAUUUCGUAUUGUGGUCUCGUGUGCCCAUUAGUGGAAACGAAUUUUCACUAUCUGGAUCUCUCGAAUUCUCUGCUCAUACUCAUUCUAAAGGUAUUUCAACUUAGGUGAACUACUUUUUUAGAUUCCUGACAGUUGUAACCCUGUACUUUCUAUCAAUCAUCAUCUCAUUCCUGAUGGGUAUGUGAAAGUAACUUAGAUCA